AUGGUCGCCGAGGGGCGGCGGCGGGGCGGCGCGGGCGAGGGAGACCGCGGCCGGGAGAGCGGGAGGGCGCUGGGGAGCGCGAGCGAGAGCGCAGAGAAAGGAGCCGGCGAGGGGAGGGAGCCGGCGGGAGGAGGGGACUCGCGGCUCCGCCGCCGCCGCCGCCGCCGCCCGCGCAGCCGAGGGCGCACCGCCACCUGCCGGCCGACCCCGCGCCGGCCGAGCGAGCGCCAACCGCUCAAGGGCCUGGGCAGAGGUCCCGGGAGCGCCGAGCCCCAGAGCCCUUUCCUCCCUUCCUCGGCCCUUCCCUGCGCCUUCCCUCCUCUCUGCCCUCUUUCCUUCCUCCCUCCCUUUCUUCCUGAACUUACUGAGCGCCUACUCUGGGCCAGCCACGGUUCCAGGCACCGGGGGAGCACAGGGGUGAACAACAGCCAGGCACCAGGCCCUGGAGCCGGUGGUCCGCCGAGGGAGACAGACCUCACCCCUGCCAACACCUUGACAGACCAAGUCACAGAGAGCCACAAGGAGGACAGAGCGGAAGUGUUCUUUUCAACGCAUAGAUACCGCAGUGCGACAGGUGUGUUUCCUUCUUCCGUUCAUCAAGUGUUUGCUGAGCACCUACUCUGCGCCUGGCUCCAGGCCCCAGGGAGACAGCAGGAAACAAACCAGACAAUCUCCGGAAGGAUAAACAGGAAGAAGGUCUUCACGUGGGACAGUGACAGACAACCCACAGGAGAGGACACAGGCUGCUCUGGAAUUAUGCGCUGAGGACGGCGGAAGGAAGAAGGGAGAAUUUAUUCUGCCUGAGGUGUUGGCGAAGAGAAAAAUACAUUUGGGCGGGAGUUGAAUGACGAGCUGGGACCCAGACGAAGUAAAACAGACUGCAGCAUCUGCAAGGGACAAAAGACCGAGGGGCACGGUGCACACGGGGAGGGACAAGUGGCCUGGCCAGGCAGGACGGACUGUAAGACUUGGGGGGGAAGCCAGGCCGGUGCCUUCUUCCAAGGUGACAGAGACCCUUCCAGGGCUUUCAAGAGAAGGAACGGCAUGAUCAGAUUUGUGUUUGUGAAUGGCAAUGCUGGCAGCUCCUGAGAGCCGGAGCUCGGGAGAGAGACCGGGCCAGCGGAGGUCAUGGUGUGGGUCCGGGUGAGAGACGGCGGGUUGUGAGCAGACGCGGUGGGGAGGAGGAAACGCAGGCGGGCCCCUCCCGUGCGAGGCGACACGGAAUCCAAAGAGACUCAGAGGCGUCUGGGAGAACAUUGAUGUCACUCCAUAGUUAGGGAACAAAUUUGAAGAUGGCUGCUCAACUCUGGACACGUUGUCUCCAGGGUGCCUGUGGGACAUCCUGGAGAUAUCAGCCAAGCAAGGCUAGGCUGGGCUGCCGUGAUAAAUGAACCCCAAAUCUCGGUGGGGAAACCCAAGAAAGGGGCACUGUAUUCAUUCACAAAGUCUGAUGCAGGUCAGGCGCCUCCUUUCCGACUUCUAUCUCCACCCUCUGGAACCUCUAGCCUGCAAGGUCACUGUGGCAGAAGAGAGAGCCGGAGAACACACAGAAUAUUUCCUGGGGUUGGACCUGGAGGUCACUCCACUACCACUCGCAUCCCAUCGGCCAGAGCCUGGGUUCAUGGCCUGACCUUCCUGUAGGGAGGCUGGCAAACGCAGGAGCCCAGGGACAUUUGGUGAGCCCUCCUCAUCACUGGCACGCUGGCAGGAAGGCUCUAGAGGCCUUUGGAAAUGGUGCCUGGGAGAGGAUCAGGGCUGGAGACAAGACUUGGACAUGACUAUCGAAUGAGAUCACCCAAGGGGAAAAAAUAGAGGAGGACGAGAGAAAGACGAGAUUUUAAAAAUUCCAUGAAUCCCUCUGGGGUUGUAUUUAGGAAUUCCCAGAGGAAGACUCAAGAUACAGUCCAAAAUCUCAUUUCCAAAUACCCAAUUAUUUGUUGUGUGGACAAAGCAUCCAGAUUCUUUCCUGAAUUUUUCAGCUCCCAUAUGGCUCCUUGGAAUCACACAGGCAGCCGCAAGCAACUGGCAAGUGUCUUAAGCCGUGCUGUUUCUACCACAUUCCGCCACAUUCCCUCUGUGUCAGGCCAAGGGCUUCAGGGUCAUACAUUCGUCUAGAGGAGUUGUUUUUAGAGCCAUCCACUUCACUAGAUAUUUUGAAAGAGAACUCACAGUAAGCUUGCCUUUGAGAUUCAUUCCAGAAAUGAAAUUUUUUGCUACCAAACCACUGAAUAUGACAAUUGAUUUUUUCUAUUUAAAUGCCUUACACACUUAAAACUUUUCCAUAAAUAAAAAUUUUCCACAAAUUAUA